GAGGCAUAGAAGCAUUAAUCUGAGAGGUGAAGUUGGAGAGAUGGAAGGAAAAGAAAGUGAAGUUGUGUUGAUUGGGACAUGGGCAAGCGCCUUCUGCAAGCGGGUUGAAUUGGCCCUCAAGCUUAAGGGCAUACCUUAUGAGUUCGUAGAGGAAGACCUUGAAAACAAGAGCGAGCUGCUCCUCCGCAACAACCCUGUCCACAGGAAGGUGCCAGUGCUGCUACACAAAGGUAAGGCCAUCCCGGAAUCCCUUGUUAUCCUUGAGUACAUAGACGAAUACUGGACCAAAGCCCCUAGACUAUUGCCCGACGACCCCUACCAGAGAGCCAAAAUUCGCUUCUGGGCCAACUACCAUGAUGAGAAGAUAGCACAGGCUAUCACGCCUAUUAUCUUCUCUGAAGGGAAGGAGCGAGAAAAGGUCAUUGAAGACUUCCAACAACUGCUCAAGGUGUUUGAAGAAGGAAUUGAGAGAGACUUCCAGGGAAAAUCUCCUUUCCUUCAUGGGGGAAACUUGGGAUUUCUUGAUUUGGUUGUAGGCACCUAUGCGUGCAACUACCAGGCAUUUCAUGAUUCAAUUGCAGUGGUUUUUGAGACAGAGAAAAACCCCCAGUUUUUCUCAUGGCUAAUGGCUCUGAAGGACCAUCCUCGGAUCAAGGAGACUCUCCCUCCUAGUGACAAACUAGCAACCAAAUACAAAGAGUUAUUCUUGCCACCAUAUAGCAAACGGAUUGCUACAAUAAGAGAGAGGUAUCUCCAGUCUCCUAAAGCAUGAUUUUCAGAAAUUAAAAAGGGCUGUUAUCUCUAGUAAUGUCCCAAGUAUCCUGGGUUCAUGUUAAAAUAAAAUUUGGUUACAUAUGGUGUCAUCAGUCCUGACUUGGUUGUUGUUCAAGCUUAUAAACAAUCGUAUGAAAU